GGGAUACACGCGUGAUUAAGGAAAACUCUCUGUAUCCACCGGGUGAUAAUAACAAACGUAAACCUCUACCGCUGCUUGCCACGUGCCCUCUGGGUCCAUCCACCGCUUUGCUCCAGCCGGUCUUAUCUCUUCGCGUCCUUUGUCCUCCGCACGUCUUGGUUGCUCGUCUUUUUCCCCUCCUCAUCUCUGGUCAUCCCACUCGAAGGAGAAAAGCUCCCAUGGCAACGUACGCCGGCCAUCCCGCCCAGCUGCAGCGAACCAGGGAGGAGCGACGGCGCUCACCACCUGCUACAUCCCCGUCGCAACGGUGGGUGCUGAAGCCCCGAACGCCACCACGGCGGUGCUGCAACCCAACGGAGGCGACACAACACGCGGGAGGAGGCGCCUGCUCGUCAUUGCUGCCGGCGAUGCGAUGCCGCGCUUGACCACGACCACCGGUGUUGUGACGCGGCGCUCACCCAGGCCCGCCGUGCUGCGAUGCAAAUCGUCCACGACAACCGUCAUCGACACCCGCUGCAUAGCAGCUCCGGCGAAGUCGACGGCUGCUGAAGUGCACCUCCGGCGGAAUCAAUGUUGGGCGCAAUUCCUAUGCUCGUGGCUACACCUCCGUUGCCGGCGACGAGCUCUUGCAUCAGCCCAGCUGCUUGUUCUCACCGGCCACGGCGGAUCUCGUCAGCCCCAUUCUCGCAGCAAUGGCGAUGCAUCUCGUAGACGACGGGCGCUACUCCGCUGCUCGUGACCCACGUCCCCGCUGCCGGCAACAACGAUGCUCCUCGACGCCGCCACUCGCGGCACCACCGACGCACUACGCAUGCUGCAUGGUUAAGCAUCUCGCCGUCGUUGUGUUACACUGAUGCGUCUGUGCACUGGGGUUCAGCUGGACGAAGAUGAGCUUCUGUUAGGAAGAUGAUUCAGAUUAGAAGCUGAAAGGGCAGGGCGUGGAACGUGGGAAACGGGUGGGCUGCUUUAAGAUUUGUAUUGCCAGGUGUCACGCAAGGAAUCGGGUCUCCAAUUUCGUUUCGUACGACCGGGUCUUAGAUUUUCUUCCCCCUCCGAUCCCACGGGAUGUCGACGCGGGACGGCUGAACUUUAAUCUAGAAAAGUUCCCGGUGAAUCGGAGCCGACUGCCGUGCACACGUGAACGUUCCGGUGACCCGUCGCCGUCGAGCCGACCAAACCAGAAGCCGCCGGCACGACGAGUCGCCCGAACGCGCGGGGAUUUGGUCCCGGCACACGCGCCAACGCCGCGACGUGGAGCAGCGCCGCGCACAAGCGCCGCGCGUUCCCAGCCGCACGACUCGCAUCCACUUCCCUUCGCGCCACCCACCCUCCGAUCGUUCACGGGCUGACGAUGGCCGCGCUCGCAGAUCUCGUGUCGCGCCCCGCGGAAUGGCCGGGGGCCGCGAUGGCGGCGCUCGCGGCCGCCGUGUUCGCGGCCCUGGACGUCGUCGACGUGCUCCUCUGCCUCGUCUACGGCGUCCUCGACGGAUUCCUGGAGGAGAGCCCGCUCGGCUGCUACUGUCAGCGGAGCCGGGGAAAGGCCCCGGCGGGGGAGGAGGACGACGGGGUGUCCGACACAUUGUACGUCCGGAGGAGCGCGUGCCGGGACGCGCUGCUGCGGCUCCUCGGGCCGGUCGGCGGGGGGACGAGGAGGAAGGAGGACGCGUCGCCGGCGAAGGCGCGGAGCCCGAGGUGGUCCGACUGCGGAUGCGGGAAGUGCGGGAAGUGGCGGAGCAACGGCGGCGACCGGCUGCACUUCGUCCUGCAGGAGCCGACGGCGCCCAACAAAGGUGCAGAGGAGACGCGAAGCGAGAGUGACCGCGGAGACGACGCCAUCUUCAUCCACGGCUUCACGUCCUCCUCCUCCUUCUGGGCGCAGACCGUGUUCCCCGAACCCGCCGCCGCGAACCACCGCAGGCUGAUCGCCGUGGAUCUCCUCGGCUUCGGCGACAGCCCCAAGCCGGUGAACUGCGCGUACACGCUGCAAGACCACGUCGAGGCCAUCGAGCGGAGCCUCAUCGACCCGCUCCACCUGGGCUCCUUCCACCUCGUCAGCCACUCGAUGGGCUGCACCAUCGCCAUCGCCCUGGCCGCCAAGCACCCGGCGCGGGUCAAAUCGGUCACGCUCGUCGCCCCGCCGUACUUCCUGCCGUGCGAGGAGAGGGCGAGCCAGGUGGCGCUGCGCAGGCUCGCCGAGAAGAAGCUCUGGCCGCCGUUGCUGUUCGGCUCGGCGGUGAUGUCCUGGUACGAGCACAUCGGGAGGACCAUCUGCUUCGUCGUCUGCAAGAACCACCGGUUCUGGGAGUGGCUCAUCAAGAUCGUCACGCGCACGAGCGGCGUGGACAUCGUGGUGAGGGACCUGACGAGGCACACGCACCACUCGGCGUGGCACACGAUGCACAACGUGAUCUGCGGCGGGGCGAGGGCGCAGGACCGGAACCUUGAGGCGCUGGCGGCGGCGGGGGUGCCGGUGAGGGUCGUCCACGGCGACGGGGACCAGGUGGUUCCGGUCGAGUGCAGCAGCCGCCACCUGAAGUCGAAGCUCCCGCACGCGGAGCUGCGUGUUGUCGGCGGACGCGACCACCGGACGGUGGUGUUCGGCAGGGAGGAGGAGCUGGCCCAAGAGCUCCGGGCGUUCUGGUCGGGCUGCGAGAAGGUAGGGUGUGCAGGCUAAUGGAUUCUGGAUAGUCAUAGUGUACAGAACUACAUGAGGAAACUUUUUUUAACACAAUUACAGGAGGAAACUGUAGGAAACAUGUUGUUCUUCUGUUGACAGCAGCGGGAUUCUUGCUCGUAUUUUUUUUUAGAA